AUGCACGCGUGGUUUGCCGCCGCCGCGGACACGCGGUGGAGGGCCGUCGCGCCGCUCAUCGGCAUGCAGUCGUUCGGGUACGCGCUGGAGAAGGGGUGCUUCCACGCGCGCGUGGAGAGCAUCAGGGACGUGUUCGAGGCGGCGAGGGACGACAUGGGGCGGAGCGAGGUGUGUGGAGAGGUGGUUAGAGCUGUGUGGGACAAGAUCUGCCCCGGGCUCGUGGAGAAGUUUGACUGCGCGCAGUCGCUCCGGCUGCUCAAGCACAGGCCCGUGUUCAUCGGCAACGGGGAGCUGGACGCUAGGUGCCCUACCGAACCCGUUUGGGAGGCCGUGGAGAAGGUGAGGGGCGAGGAGGGCGGGGAGAACAUGGUGCUGCGCGUGUAUGAGGGCGUCGGGCAUGAGGUUACUGAGGAGAUGUGGGGCGACUGCGUGGCCUUUUUUGAAAAGUGGUUCGGGAAGGAAGGAGUGGCGGGUGUGGACGGGGCGGUGGAGGAGGUGAGGUGUCCGGUGGCAGGGGUAGAUGUCUGUUAAAGUGUAGAUGCCGGCGGGCGAAUAGCGAGCGGCAGGUAGCAGACGGUGUGGACAUGCCAGGGGCGGAGCGCUGUGCGCACUCGCUGAGGUGACGUGAAAGAAAGGUGACCGAUCCAUGGCCUCAUCUUU